AUAAAACAUUAAAAUAUAAUAAUCUAUGACAAAGCAUAAAUAUCGAAAUACUCAAGUAACCAUAGACAAGCAUAACACGAAAUCAUGGAUUCGAAUAGGCAUAUUAUAACGAGUUCACAUUCCUACACAAUCAAUUCGAACUAGCUAUACAUAUAAGAGAAGGAGGCUACGAUAAUCAAAUAUGACGGAAUCUCCUUGAUUACGUCCCCUCCCAUUGAUGCUAAGAUAAACUCUUGAUCCGGGCCUAAUUGUACACUUUUUUAUCCUUGUUUCUCUUUGGCGUUUGUGGCAUUUGAGCUCCUAAAAGGGUGAUUUUACGCUAGGUUUCUUGUGUUUCAAUGUGUUUCAGAGUCUAACAGGUAGGUGAAAUCAACCUCGAAGUCGAAAGUUGGAAGAAAAGGUGCAAAGACCUUGCCAAGAGGAGGAUCAAGCCGCAGUUCACGUUCAGAGAUUGGAUUUCACGGUCGCCGGGACCGUGAACUAGAACCACAAAGCGUCAUGAGGAUUUUCAGAGGUUACCGACGCCGAGGCAGUUCACGGUCGUAAGACGGUGAACUGGAGCCAUGGACCGUGAACUCCAUAAGUGAAGCAGCGCGUUUUCAUCUGUGUUCACGGUCCCGAUCUGAUGUUCACGGCCGUGAACUGGGCGCGAUCUGUGUAUAAAUUGAGAGUUGUAAGGAAGAAGAAGGGAGAGCCCAAAGUUAGAGAAACAUUCUUAUUCUUGAAACCCUAGAGAGAGAAAGCACGAACCAAGAGGGAGAAGAGGUUAGGGUUUGCUCCAAGUGAAGAUUUUGGAAGUUCCUCUUCAAGAGAGGAUCUCUACAAGCACAAGGAGAGUUGGAGGCAUCACAAUGAUGGUUUCUUUCUUCUUCCUUUGUCUAGCAUGGAGUACUUUCCCUUUUCACUUGGGUAUUGUAGAACCCUAACUUUUACCAUGUAAUUGAUUGUGUGAUGGUGGUGUUUAAUUUAAGAAUUGAGGUAUUUUGUAUGGUGAUUGUGCAUUGUGUGUGCUUGGCAAUCUAUCGUUCUAUUCUAACCUAGCUUAGAGAGAAGCCCCCUUAUCUUAAGACUCAUAAAGAGUUGAGUUUUUUUAGGCAUCCCAUGCCUCCUAACUAGGUUAAUGAAGAGGAAAACCUCUAAACUCGAAUUAGACACCUAGGUUAAUUAUGAAUCCCUGGUUCAAACCUUGGUUUGAGGGAGAAAGUAAGUCAACCCUCAAUUGUUUGGGCCAAGAGGGCUACAAUUGUAGCCUAUAAUGCUUUCCUUGGCCUAGCAAUUGAGAGGAUGGUUUCUAACCAUUGUUGCACCUCCUAUGGGUCACAAUUGCCUUGUCACACAUCGGUUCAUUCAAUCCCACGGUUCAUGAUAGUUAGUUAGGGGGAAGCAACUCUCGAGUGAAGCUUCUCACCAAGUGUUUUCCACCCUUUUACUUUUCAAGUCUUGCUUUUAAAUAGUAGAUUGUAGAGAUUUAAACGAACAACAUUCUGUUAGAUAAUGUUUCAAACAAUUGAAGUAGGGGUACAUGGGCCAGCUCGGGGUGAUAUUUAAACAUACUUACCCUAUAUUGCACCCAUUUUAGGUUUAUACUUGGGCCUUAGGUGGGAUUUUAUUGUGAUAUUCGCAGCGCGUCAAGUUUUUGGCACCGUUGUUGGGGAACUUCGGUCCGUUAUCUUGAAAAGAUUGUUUGGUGUUAAUCUAGCUUUUAUUUUCAGUUUUGUUAAGUGUGGAUUUUGCUUGUGCUAGAUGUGUGGUUGCUCUUUAAGUGUGUGCAGGGAGGUGUAUGACCUGGAUCAAUCCGACUCUUUUAACACCACUAAACGAGAACAUCAAUCGACUCUUCGACUUUUGGCUCGUGAGAGGGAGUUAGCUAAAGCAAGAAGGAGAAUUGAAGAGAGGGGGCAACAAGUUGGUCCUAGAUUUGGAGGAAUUGAAGGAGAAGUUGAAGUUGAGAUGGCAGGGAAUCAACAUCGAGGUGCUAAUCCGCUUCAGAACCAUAAUGAGGAAGCGAGAGCCGAGGAAGAACCAAGAACUAUGGGUUAUUACAUGACCCCACAGGCGGUGGAUAUCCAAUCUCCCAUCCUAAAUCCACCCGUGGCCGCCAACAACUUUGAAAUCAAGCUUGCUCUUGUCACGAUUAUUCAAAACAACGCCUUGUUCCACGGGGAGCUCGAUAUGACGUCAAAUGUUUAAAGUACCCUAGAGAGUUAAUCCUUUACAAUAGCCACUCUUCACAAGUCUAUGAUCCUCUCAAGCUCAAUAAGGUAUAUCUUAUAAAUCAUGUUGAAAAAUGAAAGUUCUUCUAUGGGGGUGGCCAUGGAAGAAAUCAAGGGUGCAAUGCCUUACUCAAGAGUAAAGAGAGGUUCUCCAAAAUGUGGGUGUUUUGCAUAAGUGGAUAAGCGAUAUAUCCUCAAGUAAAGACGAAAAUCUUAUAGUCAUAAUGAGAUAAGUAAAAUGGUGAGAGGAUGAGGGAGCAUGUGUCCUCCUUUGUUCUCUUUUGUUUCUAUUGAGAAAGAGUAAUGAGAAGUAAGCAAGAGUAUAUUUGCUCAGAGUUUAUGGAUGAAAGCCAUCUCUUCUUUUGUUGGACAGGCUUAGACGCUUGGUUUGAGUGUUAGUGUUUUCCCCCGUCCCAAAUGGAUACUUUCUUUGGUAUGCAAUUAAGUAAACCAAAUGCAUGAAAACCAAUAAAUAUAUGGAGUUUAUCAUUGAAUAAUAACUAUUAUGUUAUUUGAAACUGCAAGGAAUUGACCGCUAGUGAAAACAUGAUUUUGUGGUAUAAGGCACUGUGGAUCAACAACUCCAAACGCAAACACAAGCAUAAUUAGUCAUGGAUUCGUUUCCAAUACAUUGGCCACUAAUUUGAUGGUGCCUCUCAUAACACUUUUGACCGCAAUCAACUAAUGUGCAUCCUGAUGGGUAUAGUGUUUCCACACAUCUCUUUACUUGUCCAUUGACUUCUGGAAGUAGGAAUGUUGUAAGUAAAAAAAAACAUGAAUAAAAUGAGUAAAUACACAAAUGAAAACAACAUGAACAAAAAAUUAAUUAAAAAUAAACCCUCGAUGUCAUUUAAAGAGAACCAUAACCAACCUGACAGAAUCAAUGCGAAGGCAAAAGCUUGGAGAAGAGGAAAUUUUGCCAUUUUCUUGAAUCAAGAUUUAACCUUUUAUUUCCGUGUGUUUCUCCUUUGUGUAACAUGAAAUUUGAAAUGAUGGAGGACUCUAAACUUGUAUAUAGAGUUGGAGAGACGAAAUUGACGAAGAUGUUCAUACUUAGAAUUGGAAGUUGAAUAAACUAAUAUGGAACUAUAGAAUGUACCACAAACAUCAUUCGAGAUGCCAUAUAAAGAUUAUAAUGAUUUUUAAAUGGUAACAAUUUUAUGUUUUUACCCACUUAAUUUCAAAAUAUUUCUCGAAUAUAUAAAAUGAGUACAUGUAUCUAAUUUUGAAGGUUAUCAACAGAUUUGAAAUACCUUCAUAUUUAUGGGGAUGAUAAUGCAUUUUUUUACGAAUACUGCCAAAUUUAAUUAAAAGAAACAAAAUAAUGAAGUUUCCUUAGGUCCUCAUUAUUUAUAAAGUUGCAUUAUUUCACAAACUUUUUACUUGGAUUUGUGGUGUUGGGGUAAAAAUUAGAGGGGAAUGGUGUUUUCUAAUGAUUUGCAUACCUUGAUCCCAGAGAGGAUCUUGGAUAUACUUAUGGUACGAUCUUUGGCUUAGUGGACUAACUCUGAAAAGCAGGGCUGAACUUCUGACCCUUAAAACCCGACGACCCGUCCCGUCCGGUCCCGUCCCAAAGGGUCGGGCCGGGUCAAUUUGCAUAGAGGGACAAGUUCGGGACGGGUCUUCCUCUUGACCCUAUAAGGGACGGGUCAAACUACACUCAGACCCUAAAAAACCACCUAACCCUGUGAUCAGGAAAACAGACCCGUAGAAAUUAAAGAAUAGUGGGACAA